AUGAAGAUCACUCCUUUGUGGGUCUCAAUCGCCCUAUUAGUUCCACGGGCUCUAGCAGUCCCCACUGAAUCCAUAGCGAUAUCUGCUACGUCCACUACCUCUACUGCCGCGACACCAAGCUGUACAUCUUCCCUCAUCACCAGUCUCUGCCGCUACCCAGAACCUGGCCCAGACUUUGCCGUCGCCAUCGACAGCGGGGUCUCCUGCUGGGACUACUGUAACGCCCACCCUCCCUGCAGCUUUGUUAUCUUCGCUGCCGGCAACCCUAACACGGGCACCGGCACGUGCUGGCUGUACCCGGGUGAAACUUUCGAUGCGAGCAAGGGUAAUUCGAAUUGCGCCAAUCCCUGGCUGUCCGUUUACAGCCAACCCGUGUGUGCUGGCGGGAGCGCAACCACCACUGCUGGUGCCUGCGCCGCCACCGCGACUCCCUCUGCUAUUGCCUCGGUCUGCGGGUACCCGCAGCCGCCUGGUGACUGCUUUAACGACUGUACUGCUAGUACGGGUGCACCGGACUGCUUGAGUCAAUGUGCAAAGGCCGAUACCUGCAGCUAUGUCGUCUUUAAUCCGCACAAUCCAAGCCACUCGCCGUAUGCCUCGGGCAGUUGCUGGAUCUACCCGAACGGCACAUUUAACGCUGGGUCUGCGACCACUUGUAGUGGCGCUCCCGAACAGUUUGUGUAUAAAAACUUGUGUCCCAAGCCAUCAACUUCAUCGUCCUCCCUUUUAUCAUCUCCUACGGAACAAUCUAAUGCCACUGGAACUGCAGGCACUACUCCAGGCUCAACCACUGGCGCUGCUACGGGCUCUAAUGGCACUGGAACCGCAGGCACUAGUACGGGCUCAACUACCAGCAGCAAGAAUUCUGCGCCUACCGGCUCCUCGCUUACCGAUCCAUUGGCUAUAGGCGUGGCUAUGUUAAUAUGGCAGGCCCUUUAA